CUUGCUUUUCCCUCCUCCCAAUGUCUUACACACACAGCUGAGAGAAAAGGCAGGCAGUCAGGAGAAAAAACCCGGCGACGAGCAGCAUCAGCACCGCCGUCUCUUUGUUCUACACUGGCUUUGCCAACAACAACAACAACAACAAACAACAGAAUAAAAAAAAGUCACAGUUUAAAAAAUACUCGAUGCCGUCGCGAAGAUUUACGGACAUGGAGUCACACGGGAUUGACUACCUAGACCACUGUGGCUCAAUCGCAAAGAGGAAGCGGCACGACAGCGAGCAGUCUCUCUCCAGUGGAACCUCGGGCCUGGAGUACACGGACCUGGAGGCAGCCGAAGCGCUCGUGUGCAUGAGCUCUUGGGGUCAGAGCCUCUUCCUCGGGGGCGGCAACAGGCCAAACCCCCCCUGCAAGCCGAGACCCCUCACCCCGGCUUCAGACUCUUGCGACUCCCUCCUGCCGCCAGAAAUUCCAGAGGCCCCCAAGGACUUUGUGUCUCUCUCAUCCCUGUGCAUGACUCCCCCUCACAGUCCCAGCUUUGUUGAGACUUCAACAUCCAGCACUGGCCCGCAGUCAAGCCUGGCUGUGUCCUCACAGCGCUGUGGGCCGGGUCUCCAUCAACCUUUCCUGGCACCCAGUGCCGAAAAAGCCUCCUCCCUCCCAUCUCCGCCACAGCCCUGCCGAGCCAUGGCCACCAGCGUCAUCCGGCACACCGCAGACAGCGCCCCCUGCCAACGCCGCAUUCCAGUGGCCCCCAAUCCGCAGAGGACUAAAGACAUGGCAGUGACUACGGCAGUCUGUCAGCAACAACGGCAUCAACAGCAGCGGCAGCACGUCACGAGGACUGAGCAGAUAACUUCACCUCCCUCCCCUCCCGCUCCUCUCACGCCACCCCAGUCAGAACUGCAGCCCAGUCCCAAAAAACACAGUUUGGACAGUGUCUUCACACCCACUCCUCUCAACACUCAACUGCUCAACAGCCCGCCCCCUCCUCCCUCUCUUGCCACAACCUUGUCCCCACCCACAGUCAGGAGCUCUCAAAUCAUCUGCCAGAUGUUCCCCGUCAGCAGCCAAUCAGGUAUAAUCUCUGCCUUCAUUCCGAGCACCGUUCAGACGUCCAAUGGCGGCAUUCAGACCAGCACCACACCCAUCCUGACCCAGCCCACCACAACUAACACCUCCCCCGUGCAGCAGUCCCUGAUCGUGAGCUCGGCAGUGCCCCAGGGCACGGUGAUGCUGGUGCUCCCUCAGACCUCGGUCGCUCAGGCUUCUCAUUGCCCUCAGACUGUCAUGACCCUGGGCAACACCAAGCUGCUACCGCUGGCGCCGGCCCCCGUGUACGUGCCUGCAGGGCCUGGCGGUGGCGGCGGGGGCAGCGGCGGCAGCAGCGCUGCGCCCACAAAGAUGGACUUUUCUCGCAGGAGGAACUACGUGUGCAACUUCCCCGGCUGCAGGAAGACGUACUUCAAGAGCUCGCACCUCAAGGCUCACCUGCGAACACACACAGGUGAGAAGCCUUUCAGUUGCAGCUGGGACGGCUGCGACAAGCGGUUCGCCCGCUCCGACGAGCUCUCCAGGCACCGGCGAACGCACACGGGGGAAAAGAAGUUUGUGUGUCCCGUGUGCGACCGGCGGUUCAUGCGCAGCGACCACCUCACCAAACACGCGCGGCGCCACAUGACCACAAAGAAAAUCCCCUCCUGGCAGGCCGACGUCCGGAGUUUGAACAAAAUGGUCGCCGGCAAAUUACCCGCCUCGAAACCUGGCCUUGCCACGCUGAGCAUGCUGGUACCUGCCAGCUCCAAGUAGACUAUGGACACUGCCGUCCUACCCACUCCCCACCCCCCCAAGAUGCCACAGGGAUACAGGGAGCACCCAAGCACACAAGGCUGCUCCUCAUCUACUCAUGGGAAUGAGAAAACAAAUGCACUGGACUUUUUUCCCCCGUUCUCUCUACUGCAUUUUCCUUUAAAGGAUUCUUUUGUUUACUUUGAUAUAAGUGGUUAUUUGUAUGCACCCCUGCCAAAGCCUUUCUAUGAUGUUUGUCUCACCUUAUUGUCCUCCCGCAACACUUUGUUUGUGUUCAUUCUGAUAUAUAUAUAUAUAUACAUAUACAUAUAUAUAUAUAUAUAUGUAUUGUGUGAUGUAUGGAAUGCAUUUAUUUGUCAUAUCUGGGGGAAAUAUUGACUAUGUAAAUAUGAAUAUUAACAGUACUAUGAUUAUACCUUUGAUUAUAUCUCCCUGUCUAACGUUUCAUAUUAUUUAAUACAUAUUUGUAAUAAAAAAAAACAACAACA